CGGCCUGGCUGCAGCAAGUAGAGGCUCACAGGCACGUCAUCAUGUGGGGUUUGAACAAGACAAAUCGCAUGCAGGAUCCGCAGAUUGCUGUUGGCGACAAACUAGUGUUCAAGUGGGCGGACUUCGUUUGGCAUGACCUGUGGAUAAUGGACAACAAGAAGGCUUUCGGUCGCUGUGACUUCAUGCAGGCGAAGCGCCUUCGACCCCCCGCUAUUGGCGGGAAGUACAU